AUUGUUUCUUUCUCUAUCCUCCCUACCAAUCUCUCUCUCUCUCUCUCUCUCUCUCUCUCUCUCUCGGUGCUCAUCACCAUGAAACAAAUUUCUUCCCAUGUUUGAUUAAAACCCAAUUUCAGCACAAAAACUGAUCAGUUUGAUCAAAAUCCAAUUUUGAGUUAAAAAACUGAUUAUCCACUGCCAAGGUGGAAGAAACUCUGGAAAAAAAUGAUAAAGUUAAAGGAAAAAAGUGAAAGAAUAUAUAUUUUAAUUGAUAUUAGAUAAAUUAUACAGUAUUAAUAUAGUUAUGAAAGAAAAAAAAUAAUUGUUAAACUCGAAUUGUGAACCAUUUGCAUGGUGUUUUACCAAAUCAUUGGGGUACAUGCUCAAGCUUGUAUACACAAAACUGCGCCCCUUCCGAAGACACUGCUUCCACCCCCGCCUCUCUCUCUCUCUCUCUCUCUCUCUCUCUCUCUCUCUCUUCAUAUAUCUAUCUGCUAAGCAUAUAUAUCAACGCCUAAUCCUCCUUGCAAAGAAUCGCAUGGAAGACCCAAAGGAGAAGAACAAGCCAUGGCUAUCAGUGCCCCAGUUUGGGGACUGGGAACAACAUGGAGAAAUGCCAGACUACUCCAUGGACUUCACAAAAAUCAGAGAAAUGAGGAAACAUCACAAGAGGGAUGCAUCCAGAGCUAGUCUUGGCAAUGAAGAAGAGCUCACCUCCUCAACCGCCUCUGCUGCCACCAAAACCACCGUCCACCACAGUGAUCAUCACCAUUACCACCAGAACAACCACUCUCCAACUCCGAGGAGGAGCAUUUUCAGCUACUUCAACUGCUUUGCAAAAGCAUGAGCUUCCUGGAUCAAUUGCACUCUAAUUAAAAAGUUUUCGUGUAAUGAUAUUAUACACUUGUUUUUAGUUUAGGAACAAUGAUGUGUUUGUGAAUCCUAUGAGGGCAUGUUGAUUCUUGUGAACAUACGGUAUUCCUUAACGGUGGUAAAUUAUGAUGAAAAAGGAAAUUAAAUCUG